UUAUAUAAUAAUAUCCUGCCAACGAGUACAAGAAUCACACCCUCAGACCUGGACAAAAAGUAGAGGUGCAAGUCUAGAUGAAAGGUCAACUACUACAAUUUUUUAAACUCUUACUUCACCAAGUAAAACAACUACCUACGUACAACAACAACAACAACAACAACAUUUAGUCAACUGAAGAGAGCAGUACCUAAUUUUAUUUAAUUAACCAAAGACAAAAUUCCUAAAUUAAGAAAAAAAAAAAACAAAAUUAGCCAAAAACGUGCUUCCCAUAACAUGUUCUCUUCAUAUACACUUCCUCCACAGCCAUCACAAUGGCCACCUUCAACAAUCCACAUAAAAUACCCCGCACCCACAAUACCCUAUUACCAUCGGCACCAAAAAUGCCAACACCUAAACACAAACCCCCCACCCCCAAACGCCCACCUCCGCCUCCUCCUCCGUCCGCCAACGCGGUGGCGCCCGACCAAUCCCCCCCAAGGCCCCAACUCUCCCUCCAACAACCCUCCCACAAGAAGACACCAUCGAAAUCCACAAAACUUUUCAGGCGGGUCAAGUCCGUUUUCCGGUCAUUUCCAGUUAUCAACCCGCCAUGCAAGAUGCCGGUUUCCAUCCACACGAACCGCAUGCACGAGGGCCACAUCCACGGCGGCAAACAGAUGACGGGAACCCUCUUUGGCCAUCGGAAAUCACGCGUAAACCUAGCUAUCCAAGAGAACCCCAGGUGUUUGCCCAUGCUGGUUCUCGAACUCUCAAUCCAAACGGGUAAACUUCUCCAGGACAUGGGUCUGGGGCUCGUGAGAAUUGCUCUUGAAUGCGAAAAGAACCCAUCGGAAAAGAUAAAACUCAUCGACGAGCCCAUUUGGACUAUGUACUGCAAUGGGAGGAAAGUAGGGUAUGCUGUGAAGAGGGAGCCGACCGACGAUGAUUUGAAAGUCAUGCAAACGCUGCAUGCAGUGUCGAUGGGGGCGGGAGUGUUGCCCGGAGAAAGCAGCGCCGUCGGAGAAGCGGCGGCGGAGGGAGAGCUAACGUAUAUGCGGGCUCACUUUGAGAGGGUAGUGGGGUCAAAGGACUCGGAAACUUAUUACAUGAUGAAUCCGGAUGGGAAUAGUGGACCUGAACUCAGCGUCUUCUUUGUUAGAGUUUGAUAUUUUUCCCCUCAAAAUUUCCUUUGCUAUGAGCAAGCAUUUAAUGCAAUUUCCAUAUAUAUGUGGAUUGGAUUUUUUGUUACAAUUUUUGUUGUAUGUUAUUUUAUAUACACACUAUGUGUACAAUAAAAAUUAUGCCAUUAACUUUA